AUGCCCCAACCCAAGUACAGAAAGAUCGCAGUGAUUGGAUACAGAUCAGUAGGAAAGUCAUCCCUGACAAUACAGUUUGUGGAAGGGCAGUUCGUUGACUCCUACGACCCCACUAUAGAAAACACUUUUAAUAAACUCGUGAAUGUCCGCGGCCAAGACUUUAACCUGCAGCUGGUGGACACUGCGGGGCAGGAUGAAUACUCGAUUUUCCCGCAGUCUCACUCUAUGGACAUCCAUGGAUACGUGCUUGUCUACUCUGUGACGUCAAUGAAGAGUUUUGAAGUGGUGCAAUCUCUACACGACAAACUACUGGAUAUGGUUGGAAAGAUCCAAGUUCCAACGGUCCUCGUCGGGAACAAGAAGGACUUACACAUGGAACGAGUCAUCAAACACGAGGAGGGAAAGAAACUUGCCGAUUCCUGGGGAGCAGCUUUUAUGGAAUCGUCAGCCAAGGAGAACGAGACUGCCGUGGAGGUCUUCAAACGGAUUAUCUUGGAGAUGGAGAAGGCGGAUGGGAACGUACAGCAGGAGGAGAAGAAGUGCAUCGUCAUGUGA